CCACAUCGCCAGGACCAGUGAUCAGCAACAGGGCCGCAGCUGGCUUAUCAGGCUCCCAGCCCAGCCCCUGGCUAGAGACAUAAAUAGGCUGUGGGUGAGACUUCCCUGGCUCAGAGUCUGCAAAGGGAGGUCACCUAAACCCUUUCAGGAUGAAAGCUGUGGUGCUGACGUUGGCUGUGCUCUUCCUGACGGGGAGCCAGGCUCGGCAUUUCUGGCAGCAAGAUGAGCCCGAGUCCCCCUGGGAUCGAGUGAAGGAUUUGGCCACUGUGUACGUGGAUGCAGUCAAAGACAGCGGCAGAGACUAUGUGUCCCAGUUCGAAGCCUCCGCCUUGGGGAAACAGCUAAACCUGAAGCUCCUGGACAACUGGGACAGCUUGACCCCCACCCUCACCAAGCUGCGCGAGCAGCUGGGCACAGUGAGCCAGGAGUUUUGGGAUAAGCUGGAGAAGGAGACAGAGGGGCUGCGGCAGGAGCUGAACAAGGAUCUGGAGGAGGUGAAGCAGAAGGUGCAGCCCUACCUGGACGACUUCCAGAAGAAGUGGCACGAGGAGGUGGAACGCUACCGUGAGAAGGUGGAGCCGCUGGGCUCCCAGCUGCGUGAAGGCGCGCGCCAGAAGCUGCAGGAGCUGCACGAGAAGCUGACCCCGCUGGGCGAGGACCUGCGCGACCGCGCGCGCGCCCACGUGGACACGCUGCGCACUCAGCUGGCGCCCUACAGCGACGACCUGCGCCAGCGCCUGGCCGCGCGCCUCGAGGCGCUCAAGGAGGGCGGCACCGCCAGCCUCGCCGACUACCACGCCAAGGCCAGCGAGCACCUGAGCGCUCUGGGCGAGAAGGCCAAGCCCGCGCUGGAGGACCUGCGCCAGGGCCUGCUGCCCGUGCUGGAGAGCUUCAAGGUCAGCCUCCUGAGCGCCCUGGAUGAGGCCGCCAAGAAGCUCAACACCCAGUGAGGCGCCCGCCGCAGCUGCCCUGCCCGGUUUCUCAGAAUAAACAUUUCCAAAGUGGGAA